AAGAAACAUGUCAUCUCUAAGAAGAACCAAUCUUUUUUUUUCUUUGAGCUCCUAACAUGGAGACUCUUCUCUCUCCUCGCUCUCUCUCACCUCCUCUCACCAAACCCACUUCAAAUCCCUCUUCUAUCUUCAGACCCAUCUCUUCCCAGUCCACCAAGUUCACUAAACCAGAAUCUCUAGUUCUCCAAAACUUGUCACCCAAUGCCAAACAGGCUUGUGCAGUUGGGAGGAGAAACAUAUUGAUGAGUGGCUUGCUCAUGUCUGGUUUAAUGGUUUCAGAAGCCAAUCUUCCAACAAGAGCAAUUGCUUUGACGCCUGUGUUCAGAGAGUACAUUGAUACAUUUGAUGGAUACUCUUUCAAGUACCCUCAAAACUGGAUCCAAGUCAGAGGAGCAGGGGCUGACAUAUUCUUUAGAGACCCUAUUGUCCUCGACGAGAACCUCUCCGUGGAGUUUUCCUCGCCUUCUUCCUCGAAAUACAAGUCUCUUGAGGACUUGGGCUCACCUGAAGAAGCAGGAAAGAAAGUACUUAGACAGUACUUGACUGAGUUCAUGUCCACUAGACUCGGUGUCAAGCGUGAGUCAAACAUCCUAACAACUUCCUCCAGAGUAGCAGAUGACGGUAAACUCUAUUACCAAGUUGAGGUGAACAUAAAGUCAUACGCAAACAACAACGAGCUGGCUGUGAUGCCGCAAGAUAGAGUGGCUCGUUUGGAAUGGGACAGGCGUUACCUCGCGGUUCUAGGAGUUGAGAACAAUAGACUCUACUCGUUGAGACUCCAAACACCUGAGAAAGUUUUCCAGGAAGAAGAAAAAGAUCUGAGAAGAGUUAUGGACUCGUUCAGAGUCGAGAAGAUUUAGAGAGAGAUAUGUAGCCAUUGGUUUAAAAAAAUCUUGUUGCUGGUUAUGUUCCUCCUCUCCUUCUAUUCUUUUGUAAUCUUAAAGCAUAUAAGACAAGCUAAGCUAAACGCUUUUUUUACAUGA